UCGCGAGCAACAGCUAGUAAUUAAUGAUUUCAUGACGAUCACGUUGUUCCUUUUACACGUACAAUUUGAAGAAAUUAAAAAUAUUUCCAUGCAUUCUGUUCCGUCAAUGUCACCAUUGUUAAUUUGUCAAUGUAUUUGACGUUGACGUUGGCAUUUAUUUGACAGUGGUAUCCGUGAAACAGACCGUCGCAUUCAUUUGGAAUAGAAUUUGUUUAUUAUAUUUUACCCAUUUUCUUUGGGUUAUUACAACUAACAGUGAAACAUGAAAGCAGUACAAGGCUUAACUAGGUUUAGUGUAUCACAUCUAAAUCGGUUUAAUAUAUGUUGUCUGGAUUUUUCAUCGAGACUACAGGUGCGACAUAGUGCCACUUUAUUAAACUCACAUUUUAAGUUAUUAGCACCUACAGCGGUUAAAAUUAGAAGUUUGGGGCUUGGACCAACUUCUAAGGAUUUCGAUGAUCAGCCACAAUCACAAAUUACUAGUCCUUUGACAAAACUACACGCUAAUGAACUUGUGCUACACUUAAAUGAUGAAGAAAGAAAAGUAUUACUCCACGCCUUACAACAGUACGAAUCCACUAGAAUUAAGGAAGAUUAUGAAGAUAAGUUAGCUGGUAGAAGAUGGCGCAGCAAGCUAGGGAGACCAAGCAAAGUACCAACAUUAGGAGAUGUUGACCCCACAGGUUCCUACUGUGAGGUGCCAGAUGACUGGCUCAAGAAAAAGUAUGCGGCUAAGGUGCCAGCACCCACCACAAAGGAGUUGUUACACUUGUCGGUGGCAAAUGCCAUACCUUUUAUUGGAUUUGGAUUCUUGGACAACUUCAUCAUGAUCAUUGCUGGGGACAGUAUAGAAACAGGUAUGAGUGCAUACAUUACGUUGUCAACGAUGGCUGCGGCGGCGUUGGGGAACACGCUCAGUGACGUCAUCGGCAUCGGCUCUGCUUACUACGUAGAACGAGUUGCCUCAUUGGUCGGCCUGGGCGCACCCAAGCUAUCUCCUGUGCAGCUCGAUAUGACUAUUUCCAGGCGGUUCUCAAACCUGGGACGCGUUGUCGGUAUCACAGUAGGCUGCAUUCUGGGAAUGACGCCAUUGCUCUUUAUGGAUGAAGAUUCCAAAUCCGAACAAAAAAAUGAGAUGAUCUAAGGAAGGAAAAAAACAUAUCGAACUGUUACUUAUAGGACUUUUUAUUUUGUCCUACCCUCGAACUGUGUAGUUACAAAAUUAAGGAAAAACUAAAUUGUAUAUUAUGUCUUAGUUUUGUAAAUAUUAUGAAGUGCAAUAUUUAACGAAAUAAUACAUAUUUAUUUUUUAUCCAUUGGAUAUUAUGCUUCGAGUGCGAUUUUUGUUCAAAAAAGUUCUUUACUAUAAAAAUUAUGUAUCAUGGUAUGGUAUGGUAUAUCUCACACCACUACAAACUUGUGGCGUGGACUAUAUAGGUAUCCUAGGUUUUAUACAUUAUGUAAAUUUCUGUAGACAUGCUCAUGUAUGAUCCUAGUGUAAGUAUUUUAGAGAAAUUUACUGAUUUUAUCUCUAGAUAGUACGAGUAAUAUUACUUUAAUGUCGUAAUGACCUUUAUAUCACUUCUAUAGUGUAUACACAACUAUAACUAUCUUGUAAAGUAUAAAUGCUGGUACAUUAUCAUUCAACAUCUCACCAAACUUGAUACUGCAGGUAUAUCAUCUUUGUGCAUAGUAAAUAUGAUAGAUAUUUAACGUCAUAAUAUGAGGUACCAUAUAAAAGGACGUUGAUAAUAAGGCGGACUUAGUGUAACUUAGAACUUUUUUUUUGUGUGUAUGUUACGCGAUUACUCCGGGGUUUGUAGACGGAUUUUGAUGAUUCUUUUUUUGUUGGAAAGGUUAUACUUUCGGGGUGGUCCCAUUUCCACCAGGUCAGGAUCUGAUGAUGGGAUCCCAUGGAAACUGAGGGGAAUUUUUCAAAAAUGUAUGGGUGGCGAGAGCGUUUGCUAACUUUUUGAUCUGGUAUUUGAAACUACUACAAAUAAAAGGAUGUAAAAAAACAUACAGCCGAAUUGAGAACCUCCUCCUUUUUUGGGAAGUCGGUUAAAAAGGUGGACUUAGUGUAACUUAUAAAUUAUUGAAGCAUCAAAAUGGCUGUGGGUUAUUCAUGUGUGCUUGUGAAAUGGGUUAUGGUAACCACAUCUGACAUCUUUUUUUAAGUCUGGUAUUAUUAACAGACUUAAGAAAAAGACAGAUGUCCUUCGUGUCUAUGCGUUUAUGUUCUCCGUACCUAUAAAUGUAUAGUAACUAGGUACCACAGUUGUUGUUUCAAGAGACCGUGUCCGCCUUUUUUCAACGUCUUUGGUUAUGUACAAGAGUAUCUAACCAAAGUUAAUAGAAAAUAAGUUAUACACAGGCAAUGACACAGGAGAGUUUAUCAUGUGAUACUUUUGGGUCUCUGGCAGAGAAUUAUUAUACAUGUAAAAAAGGAUUGUUUAGGCUUACGACAUUUUUGGAUAAAUUCUUGUACCAAAAUAUGUAAGUAGUAAUUUUGCAAUUACAAAACAGCAAAUAACAAAUUUAACUCGUUGAGUACCGUCAUUAUAGACACAAUUAUAGAACAAUAGGUUGCGGUCACCGGUGACCGCUUGGUGUUUGACAUAGCUAUCUCCUGAAAUUUUACUACUCCCAUCUGAUCCAUCAUACUAUGUCUAGGUACUCAUCAUGUUUAACUAAACUCGCGGGUUACUCACGUGAAUAUACUGAGAAAGGCUCUACGGCUCUACUAGUUUCGAACUACAGAGGGGUUC